AUGACCUCACCGGCGGGGCCGAGCAGCAUGGGCAUGAACACGGUGACCACGGUGAUGGCCUUCUCGGUCAGCGCCUUCUUCGUGCUCUUCGUCUUCACCAGGCUCUUCUGCGCGCGCAUCCACCUCAGGGCCGCCGCGGCGGAGCACGCCGCUGCCGCCCAGGCCAGCGACGCCGUGUCCUUCCCGGCCAUUCACGUGGAGCGCGGCAUCCGUGGGAUGGAGCCGUCCAUGGUGACCACCUUCCCGACGGCCAAGUUCGGGACCGGCGACGACUCGCAGCGGCCGCCCGCUCAGGAGGAGUCACAGUGCACGGUGUGCCUGGAGGAGUACGAGGCCAAGGACGUGGUGCGCGUGCUGCCCUACUGCGGCCACGCCUUCCACGCCGCCUGCAUCGACACCUGGCUCCGGCAGCACCCCACCUGCCCCAUAUGCCGCUCCACCACCAAGCACCGCGCCGCCGCCGGGACAAUGCCGCCCGUGUACUACGCCGUCGCCAUGGCGCCGCCGCCGUUCCAGGCGCCGACAUCUUCGUCAGAUCAGGGCGCACUGCAGCAAGCAGACGCAGCCACGGCGGCGGUGGGCGCGGAGCACAUGGACGUAACGUCCAGCCGUCUGGAGCUGGAGAUCGUUAUUUCCGACGAGUCGGCCUCCUCCGGCGCCACCUGUCCGAUCGCGACCCUUGCUCCGCCAUUCCAGGUCCCGACGUCUUCGUCGGACCACGACGCGCUGCGCGAAGCAAACCCAGCCACGGCGUCGGUGACUGCGGCGGUGGGCACAGACCGUAUGGACGUGUUGUCCACCCGUUUGGAGAUCGUUAUUUCCGACGAGCCGGCCUCCUCCGACGCUCCCUGUCAGAGCACGGCCAGUGAGGAGCAUCCUUGUGCCGAGACGAGGAGGCAGAGCUCGCAGGGCAAUGCGUGGGAGCAUCGCCAGUGCUGA